GUCGAUCACAGCACUAACUAGAAUGACUUUGAAUUUCUAUUUUAGUUUCAGGUUAAUACAAUGAAGCACUCUGUAUUGGUAGUGAUCUGGGCUCUUGCCUUCUUUAAAGGUCAUGAUGCUACUGUCAAAUUUAACCAAGCUUAUGGACACUCCACUUUCGAUCUGAAUAAGGCUGUUCUUACUCAAGUCUUCAAGCGGUCAUUGGAUAGUUCCAAUCAAUCACCACAAAAUCAUCAUACCUGCAACACAUGGGGAAUGGGAGCAUUCAAGGAUUUUGACAAUGAACUAUUCCAUUUUAUAUCAAACUGUGAGUUUAUCAUGAGCAGACUAUGCAGAGGCCAACAUGAUGAUUAUAUGGUGAAAAUCCGCAGAGGAUCAGAUGGACAUCUGAAGCAUGUAUUCUUCAAAAUUGGAACCACCCAAAUUGUUCUGACAAAUGGGACAAUUCAGGUUAAAGGCCAGAUAAAAACUUUGCCGUACGAUGACAAGGUGGUCAAUAUUCGUAGAAAUGGAGAGAACAUCAAGAUUGCAAACAAGAAACGUUCCAUAUCAUUAACCUGGAACCAUAAAGAUGCAUUGAUGCUAAAACUUCACCCUAAAUACAGUGGAAAUGUUUGUGGACUAUGUGGAAAAUUUGAUAAAAAAGGGAAUACACACAGCCAGAUUAAAAAUGUGGAGGAAAACUCAAUCCGUGCAUACUCUACUUCAGCUGGUGACUGCCCUAUCAAAGUAUCUGCUGGAACCAACGUACAUUGUGAGAAAGCCAGGCUUGACUGCAUAACUCCUAUAUCAAAACAUUUCACUCAAUGCACUGAUUCUUUGCGUUAUACCAGCAUAUGUUUAAUGGAAGUCUGUGCUUCUCCGGAUAAAGAUUGGGUCAACUGUCCCACUUUAACAGAACUUGCAAACCAGUGUGGGGCAGAAAUUGUUCACCUUGGUUGGAGGGAGGAUGCAAGAUGUGAACUGCCUGUUUGUCCUGAGAAUCAGAUUUACAAGCAUUGUGGUUCAGAAAUUAUUCCAACAUGUACUGAUCCAAAACCUCAACAGACAAAUGACCCCUGUGUAAACUCUUGUGAAUGUCCAACAGGCACUGUCCUUGAUAACAUAAGAGACACCAACAAAUGCAUCAGAAAUUCAAGUUGUCCUUGUGUAUAUAGUGGAAAGAUUUAUGAUGCUGGGGAUAGAAGGGACACCGACUGCCAGACAUGUGUUUGUAAUAGCGGACUAUGGGAUUGUUCUCAUCAUAGCUGUCGCAGAAGUUGCAAAGUAGAAGAAGGAACACACAUUACAACAUUUGAUGGGAGAUAUUAUAAUUUGAGAGGAAAUUGCAAAUACUAUGCAGUUCUUGGAAACGAUUGGUCAGUAAAUAUUGAGAUGCACCUAUGUCAAACUGCAGUUAAUCAGAUCUGCUUAGGAAGUGUUAUUUACACUCAAAAUAAGGUCACAUAUGAAUUCAACAACAAGGGCAACAUUUAUUCUGGUGGCAAAGAAAUUAAUCUUCCUCAAAAUCAGGAUGGAAUAAUAAUAUUUGAACGGUCUUCAUACUUCAUUCAAUUUUCAACAUCGUUUGGGCUAACAAUGCAAGUGCAAAUAUCUCCCAUUAUGCAGGUGUACAUUUCGCUGCCAGAAAAGAGUAAAGGAACUGUAAAAGGCUUAUGUGGCAACUUUAAUGACAAUGCUGCUGAUGACUUAACAUCCUCACAGAAUAUGGUGGAACAAUCGAUUGUCAAUUUUGCUCAUUCGUGGCGUUAUGAUUCAAAAUGCAAACACCCUGAACCAGAAUACCCUUGUAUUAGUUCAGAAAAAGAUUCCUAUGCAAAAAGACAUUGCUCCAAGCUGAUAAACCCUAAUGGUGUUUUUCAUAAAUGCCAUUCUAUAGUAGAUUACGUCAAAUACUAUGAGAUGUGUAAGGAUUCCAUCUGCACCUGUCAGAAUAUUGAUCACUGCAUCUGUGCGGCACUCGGGUCAUAUGUUCAUGCAUGUGCAGAAAGAGGUGUCAUCCUGAAGAAAUGGACUGAAGGCAUUUGCAAUACAACUUGUGAGCUGGACCAGAUUUUUGACAAUAACAUGACACCCUGUAACCGGACCUGCAGAUCACUGGGAACAACUGACUUUACCUGUAGUGUUAAGGAUGUUGCAGUUUAUGGAUGUGGUUGUCUUGAGGGAAAGUACAUGGAUGAAAAUGGGUUCUGUGUUGAUCAAGGACGUUGCUCAUGUUACUACAAGGGCAUGUAUAUUGAAUCUGGACAGAGUGUUGACAACUGCUUUUGCGUAGGUGGAUUAAUUAGGUGCAGUCAAAUUCGUUCCACUACACCAAGUCCAGAGUGUUUUGGGGGAAAGGAGCAUUUUAAUUGUUCAGGAGCUGGAAAAUUAAAUCGGAAUUCCUGUGGGAAGAAAUGCAGCAACUUGAAUUUACCAUGUCCAGCUCAAUGCAUUCCUGACUGCAUCUGUCCUGAUGGUAAAGCUGAAGAUGAAAAUGGAAACUGUGUAUUGUAUGAAAAAUGCCCUUGUUUAUUUGAAGGAGAGAGCCAUACCGAAGGAAAAGUAAUCAAAAAGGAUUGCAACAAAUGCACGUGCCAGGGUGGAGUAUGGAAUUGUACUGGGAAGCUAUGUUCAAAGACCUGCAAGGUUUAUGGUGAAGGUCAUUACACAACUUUUGAUGAGAAGAGGUACACCUAUGACGGCAAUUGUGAAUAUAUAUUUGUUCAGGACCAUUGCAGAGGAAAGAUUGGUACAUUCCAAGUACUAAUAGAAAAUGUUGCAUGCUGUGAAAAUGGAGUGACUUGUUCCAGAAACAUCAAAAUUAUAUUUCAGGAUAAAGAACUAACUUUGCAAGAUGGGCAAGUUAAUACAAAUUUGACAACAAGAAGCACAGAAGAUUUCUAUUCAUUUCACACUGUUGGGCUCUAUCUGAUCCUCACAUUUUCCAAUGGAAUCACUGUGAUUUGGGACAAACACACCAGACUUUCAGUCACACUGGAUGCACACUGGAGGAACAAAGUAUGCGGUCUCUGUGGAAAUUUCAAUGAUGACACUGAAGAUGAUUUAACAACAAAAUUUAACUCCUUGGUGAGCAGCUCCAUUGAAUUUGGAAACAGUUGGAAAUCUGCACUGCCCUGCUCUAAUUCAGUGAAUCAGACAUUUCCUUGUGAGAGAAACCCAUUCUGUUUUCCAUGGGCACAGAGAAAGUGUGCCAUAAUUAAAGAUGCAAAUGAAGUGUUUAGAAAAUGUCACAAUAAGGUUAACCCAGAACCAUACUAUGAGGCUUGCCUUAAGGAAGCUUGUGCCUGCGAUAUGGAGGGAAAAUAUCUGGGUUUCUGUACUGCUGUAGCAGUGUAUGCAGAAGCUUGUAACAGUGCUGGUGUUUGUAUUCACUGGAGAAACCCUGAACGAUGUCCUGUGUAUUGUGACUAUUAUAACAGGCCCAAUGAAUGCAGCUGGCAUUAUCAACCAUGUGGAACGUUGACAGCAAAAACAUGCAAGGACCAGACAAUUCGAAAAAAGCUGUCUGCUGUUCUUGAAGGUUGCUACCCAAAGUGUCCAGAGAGUGCGCCUUAUCUGGAUGAAAAUAUAAUGACAUGUGUCGGCCUGGUUAACUGUACCUGUUAUUACAAUGGUCAAAUAUAUGAAACAGGUCAAAAUGUACCUGCCGAUGAAAACUGCACAUGCUUUGAAGGAGAAGUCAAAUGUGUACCUGUAACCACGACAUCUCCAACCACGACAUCUACAACAACUCCAACCACGACAUCCCCAAGCACAUCUCCAACUACAACAUCUACAACAACUCCAACCACGACAUCCCUAAGCACAUCUCCAACAACAACAUCUACAACAACUCUAACCACAACAUCUCCAACAACAUCUACAACAACGCUAACUACGACAUCUCCGACGACAUCUCCAACUACAACUCCUCUAAGCACGACAUCUCCAAGCACAACAUCUCCAAGCACAACAUCUACAACAACGCUAAGCACGACAUCUCCAAGCACAACAUCUCCAACUACAACAUCUACAACAACUCUAACUACGACAUCUCCAAGCACAACAUCUCCAACUACAACAACUCUAACCACGACAUCCCCAAGCACAUCUCCAACUACAACAUCUACAACAACUCCAACCACGACAUCCCUAAGCACAUCUCCAACAACAACAUCUACAACAACUCUAACCACAACAUCUCCAACAACAACAUCUACAACAACGCUAACUACGACAUCUCCGACCACGACAUCUCCAACUACAACUCCUCUAAGCACAACAUCUCCAAGCACAACAUCUCCAAGCACAACAUCUACAACAACGCUAAGCACGACAUCUCCAAGCACAACAUCUCCAACUACAACAUCUACAACAACUCUAACUACGACAUCUCCAAGCACAACAUCUCCAACUACAACAACUCUAACCACGACAUCCCCAAGCACAUCUCCAACUACAACAUCUACAACAACUCCAACUACAACAUCUACAACAACUCCAACCACGACAUCCCUAAGCACAUCUCCAACAACAACAUCUACAACAACUCUAACCACAACAUCUCCAACAACAACAUCUACAACAACGCUAACUACGACAUCUCCGACCACGACAUCUCCAACUACAACUCCUCUAAGCACAACAUCUCCAAGCACAACAUCUCCAAGCACAACAUCUACAACAACGCUAAGCACGACAUCUCCAAGCACAACAUCUCCAACUACAACAUCUACAACAACUCUAACUACGACAUCUCCAAGCACAACAUCUCCAACUACAACAACUCUAACCACGACAUCCCCAAGCACAUCUCCAACUACAACAACUCUAAGCACGACAUCUCCAAGAACAACAUCUCCAACUACAUCUACAACAACUCUAAGUACGACAUCUCCAAGCACGACAUCUCCAACUACAACAUCUACAACAACUCUAAGCACGACAUCUCCAAGCACGACAUCUCCAACUACAAUAUCUACAACAACUCUAAGCACGACAUCUCCAAGCACGACAUCUCCAACUACAACAACAACAACUCUAAGCACCACAUCUCCAAGCACAACAUCUCCAACCACAACAUCUACAACAACUCUAACCACAACAUCUCCAAGCACAACAGCUUCAACUACAACAGCAUCAAGCACAACAUUGGAGCCUUGUUCAGGUUAUUGGUCAGAAUGGAGCAAUACAUUUACACCAACUAUAACGGACAGGGGAGAUCGAGAAUCACCAGAGAACCUAUGUCGUUUCAACAAUUCAUAUAAUAAUAUUCAGUGCGAAGCAGUUAAAAACCCCAAACAGCCAAUCUCAGGAACAACUGACAAUGUGACAUGUGAUUUACAAGGACUCAAAUGCAUCCCACCACCUUCCGAUAUCAGUAUCAUGUGCCUUGACUACAGAAUUAGAGUAUGUUGUACAAUACUCACCACAACCACCCCCACAACCACCCCCACAACCACAUCUACAACCACCCCUAUAACCACUCCUACAAGCACCCCCACAAUCACCCCCACAAUCACCCCCACAACAACACCCACAACCAUCCCCACAACCACCUCCACAAUCACCCCCACAACCACUCCUACAACCACUCCUACAACCACACCCACAACCACCCCCACAACCACGUCCACAACUACUCCCACAACCACCCCCACAACCACCCCCACAACCACCCCCACAACCACAUCCACAACCACCUCCGCAACUACCCCCACAACCACGUCCACAACCACCCCCACAACCACACCUACAAGCACCCUCACUACCACCCCCACAACCACCCCCACAACCACCCCAACAACCACACCCACAACCACGUCCACAACCACGUCCACAACCACGUCCACAACUACUCCCACAACCACCCCCACAACCACCCCCACAACCACCCCCACAACUACAUCCACAACCACCUCCACAACUACCCCCACAACCACGUCCACAACUACCCCCACAACAACACCUACAAGCACCCCCACUACCACCCCCACUACCACCCCCACAACCACCCCCACAACCACCCCCACAACCACCCCCACAACCACCCCCACAACCACAUCUACAACCACCCCUAUAACCACUCCUACAAGCACCCCCACAACCACCUCCACAAUCACCCCCACAACCAUCUCCACAACCACUCCUACAAGCACCCCCACAAUCACCCCCACAAUCACCCCCACAACAACACCCACAACCACCUCCACAACUACCCCCACAAUCACCCCCACAACCACCCCCACAACCACCUCCACAAUCACCCCCACAACCACCCCCACAACCACCUCAACAAUCACCCCCACAACCACUCCUACCACCACUCCUACAACCACCCCCACAACCACUCCUAUAAGCACCCCCACAUGUGCUUGCAAACAGUGCAGUGGGACAUGGACCGAAGGUUGUGCUAUUAAAGAAUGUGUAGAUGGAAAAACUGUUAUACGAAAAAAUUGCACACAAGAGAAGCCUGUAUGUCCGAAUAAUUUAAAGCUUAUUGAAGUCAUAAAUGAAUGUGGCUGUCCGUCUUGGGAAUGUGGAUGUGAAUGUCAAGUAUGGGGAGAUCCACACUACCGUACAUUCAGUGGGGUGGCAUAUGAUUUCUACAAGAAUUGCACGUACGUUCUUGUGGAAGAACGUAAUCCAAUAUACAAUUUCCGUGUUCUACUGGAUAAUUACUACUGCUUUCCUAUGUUCGCUGCUUCCUGUCCAAAAGCACUAAACAUUGUUUACAAAGGAGUUCAGAUAACUAUUUCAACUAAUCGUGACAUUGUGCUAACAGUUAAUCAAAGUCCAAAACAAAUUCCCUACAUGACAAAUGGAAUAAGUGUAACUAAACGGAAUCCCUGGAGUGCACGGAUUUAUUUCGAUGAAAUUAAAACAACAAUCACUGCCGCUUACAACAACUUUAAAAUCAUCGUGCCAGAAAUGUUUUUCAUCAAUAAUACCCAGGGACAGUGUGGCUCUUGCACAAAUGUUCCCACUGUUGAUUGCUUGAGACCAAAUGGGACAAUAGAGCCUUCUGACUGCUGCCAUAAGACUGCACUUGAUUGGAAGGUUAAUGUCCCCAGUAAGCCAUAUUGUAACUCAGCUCCUCAAAAUCAGACCUGUGUACCAACGACACCCUCGCCACCUUGCACUUCCGAGAUGCCUGCGUGUGACCUCAUUUCACAAACACCAUUUGAAAACUGUACCGAUAUAAAUCUUGAGCCUUACAAGAUAAGCUGUAGAACUGACCACUGUCUAGUCAAUUCUACAGAAAUGGACUGUGUAAGUGUAGCAGCUGCUGCUGCCAGCUGCAGAGAAAGCACCUGUGUUGACUGGAGAUCGUCUGUAGAUGAAUGUUCUUUUCCCUGCAAUGAAACUUUCAUUUAUAAGCCUUGUGAAAUGAAGCAGGAUGAUUAUUGUGAGAACAAUGCAGUGAUGGAGGGGAUGAAGUUUGUCUCUUAUGAAGAAGGCUGCUUUUGCCCACCUGGAAAGAAACUAUCUGAAGACAAAACCAAAUGUGUUUCUACAUGUUGCCUAGACAGUAACGGAACACGGAGAGAGGAAGAUGAAACGUGGAUUAAUCCCAACGAUGGCUGUAUUUCCUACUCAUGUACUGAAAAUGGUAUCUUAACUCACAGAAAGACAUGUGCUUUUCUCCCUUUUUGCAAAGAGGCUGACAGAAAAUGGGAUGUUGACAAAUGUUGCUAUGUGUGUGAACCUCCAGUUCUAGUAUUCACCUGCAAGAGGCACAUCCAAGCACAAAAUGUCACAAAAAUACUGAAUGGUAGAAAAUGUUCAGGACGAAUUGAUUUGACUGUAUGUGACGGUUCUUGUCCUGGAUUAACCAAAUUUAACACCGCAUCAAACAGCCUUGAUCAUGCUUGUGAAUGUUGCCGAGAACGAGAGACUGAACGUAAGACAGUGAAACUUGAUUGUGCGGAUGGAAGUACUGCAACGUACGACUAUAUUUACAUCAAUUCAUGUCACUGCCUAGAUGUUGUCUGUCAUGAAUUAUUUUUUGAACACUAGAAUCUCUAAUGAACAAACUGGAUCUUGAACGCGAAAGUUAAAUUCAAUUUACAAUUAUCUUUCAAAAGUAAUUUCUUACAGUAUAAUGCUACACAAGAGCAAAUGAGAAACAUGUUACUUUUAGCUAUUCUUUUCAACAGGAGUUAAAGCAAUCUUUGCAACAUUACUUUGUUGAAUAAAACUGUCUACUUUUUCAUAACCACAAACAAAUAUCAAUAAAUAACUGCAAGGAACAAA